AUGAAACAAGCUAAUAUCAAAUUAGAUAAGCUACAAGAGUUCACCGCCACCAACAAAUUGGGAAACUACAAAGAUCUCCUUCCGGAUUUUGUCAUUGACAAAAGACCCAAAGGUGCAAAGCUCUGUUUAAAAAAGUUUAAUAAAUUCCACAAACAAACUGAUGCGAUGGCUAUCACCAGCCGUUACAAAGGCAGUGAAGGAACAACUUGCACUUAUUCCAUCGGCAGCGAGUCGAUGUUGGUUGUUGAGACUAAAUCAUUUCUUGAUACAAUGAUUACGUGUGACGUAGACUUCGAAGAUACAGGUCUACACAAUUUUUUGACAUCAGACACACUACGGGUAUUGUCUAUUACAACUCCAGAUAUAGAAAUGAAGUAG